AUGCUCCAAAACAAUCGUUCCGCAUUGCAGCAAUUUCCUGAUGAACAUAUCGGAGUGCCCUUGUCGUUGAAUUCAUCAGCAUCGGGAUCAUCUUCUCAUGCUCCACAACAAAAUCCUCUUCCUUCUCAAAUCAGUCAAGCCUCUAACCGUUCUCUCGUGUAUCAUGCUUCUCAACAGGAUCGGAGUAAAUAUAUUAUGGUUGCUGAUAUAGCCUCUGCCAAGAUAUUUGCAAAUAUUAUGCAGUGUAUAAAUCCUUCAGAUAUUAAAAAGAAGAGAGAACAGGCAUGGGCUAUUUGCGAGAUUGUGGAAGAAGGAAUUAAAUUUUAUAUUCAGGAUAGAACUUUUCAAGGAGUGGCUGCAAUGAAGAGUGGAAUAUUUCAGAAUUAUUUAUUUUCUGCUCCAAAAGAUACAAAAUAUCAAUUUGAAAUUAAUGUUUCGGUUUUAAUUGAUUGUUUAAUUUUGUAUGGUGCCAAUGCAUCUCAGGGUACCAUUGUAAAACUGUGUUACCCUGGUGUAGACAAUACCCUGUCAUUGUUGUUGGGUGAAGAACGUGUUGUCACAGAUUGUAAUAUCAAAAUUAGGAAAUGUGAACUCGAUCCAAUAGAUUUUAAAUUUAAGGAGCAUCCUAUUGGAACUAAAAUUAUUUUGAAGAGCGAAAUUCUAACGGAUGCGCUAGCAGAGAUUGAUUGGCUAUCAAAAACUCUUGAAAUUGGAGUAGAGCUUGAAGAGCAAGCCGAGGGAAAUCAAGAAGACACCCUUCAACGAGGUAAACUAUUUUUCAAAACAUCAGACAAUGUGAUUGGCUCUUUGGAAGUGAGUGUUAAGAGCACUAGCGAAGGAGUACAGGCAUUCGAAUGUCAGGCCACGCAAGUAGGUCUCUAUAAGCUAAGUCACAUUCAACAAGCCAUGAAAGCACUAAAUCAUGCAGAAAAAGUUUGUAUCAGAAUGAACAAUCAAGGAACACUCUCCAUGCAAUUCGCAAUUAGAGCAACUGAGCCUGUCACAUAUGUUGAAUAUCUCAUGCUGCCUGUAGAUGCAGAAGUUGAGAUGGAAGAGGAUGACAAUUCUUCGUUUCAAUAA